UCCGUUCAAACAGGAAGUUAAAAUGUGGGACCGAAACUGAAGGAAUCUAUCAUGUGGAGCUAUUAAGGACCUGUUCGACCACAGACGACUCCACUGCCUCCCAAACUAGGCCUGCUGCGUGAUGGCUGCCCUCGGGGCUCUGCUCCCCCUCGCCGCCUGUCUCCUCGUGGGACGUCCCGCGUCGGCUAAGAACGACGCCCCGUGCCAGCUCUCCAGAUGGAACAACGGCUUCGACACGUUCAUCAAACGCCACGUCCGCUCCGGCACUCCCGAGUCUCUGGACCAGAACCAAUGGGAGAAUUACAUCAAGUUCAACGGGGGCUGUGACCGACCCACGCAGUCCUUCCUGCGGCCGAGCGACCUGGCCCGGGUGAAGGCGGUGUGCACCGACCAGGGCGGCGCCAUGUACAAGGAGAACCUGUGCAUCAGCCGCAAGCCCUUCACCUUCGUCACGGUGAGGAGCGCGCCGGGCACGUGCGGGAUCAGGAGCGUGCGGGAGGAAACCAAACAUCUGAUCCUGGCCUGCGAGGGGCUGAGCAACCAGUGCCUGCCGGUCCAUUUUGAGGGGAACUCUGUAGAUGCAAAGCCCAAUAACAACGCCAGAGGAUGUCAGGGCUCACGCGCUGGUGAUGAUGCUCCCAGCUUCAGAAUGACGUGGCUCUGGUUGUUAUUGCCUCUGUUUGUUAUUGUUUAUGGUUACCGACGUUAAUUUGAUAGAUCGGACAAUAAGGCUUUUUCACACGUUUCAGAAAAACAUUCAAGCAUUUAGUCAAGUUUAUAUCUUUAUAUCAAUCUCAAAUCCGCAACACAUCAACCAAAUAUGUUGAAAGGGAACACAUGUAUGUGUUAUAUUCAACUAUGCUAUGCUGGUAUUAAGGGAUUCCAUUUCAUUUCAAGUUACAAUAAUUACUGCACGAAUGGUACACAUGUGUAUUUUACUUGCAUACAUUUAGUUGCUUUGUAAAAUGGAUUACGUUUCAUUUGUAUACAUGUAUGAAUUAAUAAACAAGAGAUUUUAAAUG